GACGUUGAGAGCGUCAGCUCCUGUGUAGGGACUCAAACUGACAGCGCUGGAUUCUGACUCCGGGUCCGUUGUAGCUCAGCGGCCUCCUCAGUGUCAUACAGUCUGAUUCGUGCAAUGGGCAGUUUCUGGCUUGCAAAUAGCAGGUGUUUUGUUCGCCAUAUCUUUCCGAGACUACCAAGCAUGCUGAGCCGCCAGUACAGCCUGAAUAUUUCCGCCGAGCUGCUGCGGACCGAGGGCUUCAUCAAUGGCCGCUGGGUGUCCGCCUCCUCCACCUUCCCCGUGCUGGAUCCAGCCACUGGACAAGAGCUGGCUCGAGUCUCAGACUGCGGGCCUCAGCAGGCUCAGGAAGCUGUUCAAGCCGCGUACAAAGCGUUUCACUCAUGGAAGACUCAGACUGCAAAGGAAAGGAGCCUUCUGCUACGGAAAUGGUUUGAACUGGUCAAUCAGCACAAGGAGGAUCUGGCCAAGCUUAUUACAGCAGAGUGUGGCAAGCCCAUGAAGGAGUCCCUAGCUGAGAUUGCGUACUCUGCAUCUUUUCUUGAGUGGUUCUCAGAGGAAGCCCGUCGCGUCUACGGAGACAUCGUGGCCCCGGCAGCCAAGGACCGCAAGAUACUGCUGCUCAAACAGCCAGUGGGCGUGGCCUCUAUAAUCACCCCAUGGAACUUCCCCAGUGCCAUGAUCACCAGAAAGGUGGGAGCGGCCAUGGCAGUCGGCUGUACUGUAGUAGUGAAGCCGGCUGAAGACACACCCCUUUCUGCUCUAGCACUUGCUGAGCUAGCAGUGCAGGCUGGAAUCCCUCCUGGAGUGUUUAACGUGGUACCCUGCUCAAAGGAGAAGACCCCUAUCGUGGGUGAAAUCCUCUGCACCGACCCUCUGGUGGCUAAAAUCUCAUUCACCGGCUCUACUGCCACCGGCAAGAUACUGCUGAGGCAUGCUGCAGAAACCGUCAAGAAGGUGUCGAUGGAGCUGGGUGGACACGCUCCCUUCAUCGUCUUUGACAGUGCAGAUGUGGACAAAGCUGUAGCUGGGGCAAUGGCCUCCAAAUUUAGAAACUCAGGCCAAACCUGCGUAUGCUCCAACCGCUUCCUGGUGCAGAGUGGGAUCUACAAUGUGUUUAUGGAGAAGCUGGGGAAGGCCAUGGACAAAGACCUGCGAAUGGGCCAUGGGUUUGAUCCCACAACCACACAAGGGCCCCUCAUCAAUGUCCGUGCUGCUGAGAAGGUGGAGCAUCAGAUCACGGAUGCUGUCUCACAAGGGGCUGUAGUAGUGAAAGGUGGGAAGAGACUUGAGGGAUCUUUCAUGCAGCCCACACUGCUGUCCAACGUCACAACGGACAUGCUGUGUAUGCAAGAGGAGACUUUUGGUCCCCUGAUACCAGUUCUCAAAUUCAACACAGAAGAGGAGGCUCUUGCCAUUUCUAACGCAUCGCCGGUUGGAUUAGCAGGCUACUUUUUCUCUCAGGACCUGAGUCAGAUCUGGCGAGUGGCCGAGCAGUUGGAGGUGGGAAUAGUUGGGGUGAACGAGGCUCUUGUCUCCGCAGCAGAAGCCCCGUUUGGUGGGGUUAAACAAUCAGGCCUGGGCAGAGAGGGCUCUAAAUAUGGCAUUCAUGAAUAUCUGGAAGUGAAGUACAUGUGUAUUGGUGGGCUUAAUAUCUAAGCAUGGUUCUGCUACUGAUUUUUUUUUUCUUGCUGAAAAAAAGGCAAUAAUGAAAGCACAUUAAUUAGAGCACUGUGAAUCAAACCAUUCCUUUCAUUCAGAACAAAUGAAAGGGGAUUACAGGAAUUGAUACAUAUGUCAAGUGAAAAGCACCUUUUUGAAAGAGAAAAAAAAAGAUUAAACCAGUAAGUAGAUGGAAAGUAGAUAUUUCAAAUUUUCCUAUAUGUAUGUUUAUGAUCAUUGUAUUAAUAUUAACUGUUGAUAUCCAGCCAAUACUUUGUAGUGCGAUGUAUGCUGGAACCACUUUGCAUCAUCAGUGGUACUUAUCUCACUUCAUCCACCUAAUAUUCACUGAGUAAACUGCAUCGGAUUGUAGAAACUUGUUCUGAACCUAAAUGCAUAACUUACACCCUCUCUGGUUUGAACUGUCUCUGAUGAAGUGUAGUUUACAGUGAAAAAGCACAUUAGAAGUUUACAAAAAAAAAAAUAAUAAUAAUCUUGAGUCCCUGUUAAAUGUAUUGAGUAAAUGGUGUUUCUGCAGUUGUAUGGCCGAAAGUAUUGUGAAUAAUUGUUGUAUUAAGGAUUUUAUUUUUGUAAAAAAGUUUACUACCUUUGAUUAAAAAAAAAAAAGGCUAACAAGCGAUGAACUAAUAUAAACAUAUAAUAUUAAAGUUCAGGGAAAUAUUGUGUUCAGUCAAAUAUACUGAAAGUGCCAUGGAUCCCUGGACCGUUUUGCUUCUUUUUGUUUUUAAUAUCUGAAUAAUUUCUUUGUCCCUGAAUAAAUGUAAUUUGCUGUAUUAA